AUGUUUCCAACAAAGUGCCUAUUGUUUUUGGUAUUAGUGCUGGUGGUGACCAUGUGUGUGGAAUCGCAAAUGAUGACAGGUGGUAUACAACCUGUUAAGGAUCUAAGUGAAGUUGAGAGGCAAUUAUCGACAUCAUUGUCGAGACUGGAGAAUGGUGAUGGUCCGCAUUAUAAAUUACGUAAAGUUCACAAAGCCACUAGACAAGUUGUGGCUGGAUCAUUGACUAGAAUCGAUGCCGAUUUGGAGGAUUCGAAUGGUAAAGUUAAACCAUGUAAGGUUUCGAUAUGGUCCCGCCCAUGGUUGCCUAAUGGAAUUGAAGUCACUUUUGAAUGUGACGGCGAACCCAAAGUGGUUAGAAAACAUAAUGCCUAAGACGUAAGAA